AAUUUUAAAGGGAUUUGCAUUUAAAAUAUUUUGUACAUUUGAAAAAAAAGCAAAUUGCAUCGAAUAUUAUAUCAUUGUAUUUCUAAAGGUGCGUGAAGUCUUCGCGCGAAAAUUACGUCGUCAUAAUAAACUCGUCAAAGUUGCACGAAGAAAUCACGUUAGGCCGCCGACGAGUCCGUUUCUCAGUGAACCGCGUCUCGUGGCGCAAAGCAGUUGCGAUGUUGGCAAUAAUCAGUGUCGGGGUUUCGCUACUAGCGGCUUUAGUGUAUAUUGGAAUUAUAAAAACACUUCUAGUGUCUGUCGUUUUAGGUGUUCUCUAUACACUUAAAUAUCACAAACGAUGGUGCUAUAUCGCUAUUAAAACUGCUCCGAGAGAUCUGAGAGCCCUUUAUUGUUAUAUAAAGAUAUUGUUAAUAACAAGAAAAUUCAUGAGAAAAGAUUACACUGUACCAGACAUAUUCCAUGAAAUUGUGGUGAAGCAUCCUAAAAAACCAUGCUUCCUGUUACAAGAUGAAGUAUGGACUUUUGAAGAGGUUGAAGAGUUCAGUUUGAGAGUAUCAGCUGUACUAAAAUUAAAAGGUGUUAAAAAAGGUGACAUUGUUGGUCUUCUUGUGAACAACAGUCCUCAAAUGCCAGCAUUAUGGCUCGGCAAUGCACGGCUAGGUGGUAUUACACCACUCAUCAAUACAAAUCAGCGAGGAAAUACUCUGAUACACUCAAUAUCCAUAGCCAAAUGCAAUGUCCUCAUAUUUUCUGAUGAAUAUUUGUCAGUGAUCCAGGACAUAUCAAGUCAGCUAGAUCCUAAGUUAAAGUUACUUAAGUUUACGCAUCGUCCUUUAAAUAAAAAUCCCGUUGAAGUGAAUGGUAGUGGUGAUGGUAUUGAAGAUUUGACGGAUUUACUUGAAAGGACACCUCCUGCACCAUGGACCUUGGCUGAUGCCAAUGGAUUUCAAGGAAGACUAUUAUACAUUUUCACAUCUGGUACAACCGGUCUACCAAAAGCAGCUGUCAUAUCGAAUUCAAGAUUUGUAUUCAUGGCGUGUGGUCUCCACAACUUCAGAUUGAAUUCUUCAGAUGUUGUGUACUGUCCUCUGCCUUUAUAUCACACAGCGGGAGGUGUAGUUAGUGUGGGCCAAGCCUUAAUAUUUGGCUGUACAGUCGUACUGAAAACCAAAUUCUCUGCUUCCCAAUAUUUCCCAGAUUGUGUGAAAUAUAAGGCUACGGCAGCUCACUACAUAGGAGAGAUGUGUCGCUACGUGCUUGCUACUCCACCGUCCCCGGCGGACAGGAAUCACAGAGUACGGCUCAUAUACGGCAACGGUUUGAGGCCACAGAUCUGGACAGAGUUUGUGAAUCGUUUCAAUAUCCAAUACGUCACUGAGUUCUACGGAGCGACGGAAGGGAAUGCUAAUAUUGCUAACUCUGACGGUACUCCUGGCGCAAUUGGCUUCAUUUCCCGCAUCUUUCCGGCCGUAUAUCCAAUCGCUAUAAUAAAGGUUGAUCAGGAAACUGGGGAACCCAUUAGAGACUCCAGAGGACUCUGUCAGUUGGCUCAACCGAACGAGCCGGGCGUCUUCAUCGGGAAGAUAUCACCAAACAAUCCGACGAGAGAGUUCCUCGGAUACGUGGACCGCAGCGCCUCGGAUAAGAAGGUGGUCAGAGACGUGUUCACUCAUGGGGACUCCGCCUUCAUAUCCGGUGACAUUCUAGUGGCUGAUGAGUUCGGCUACUUAUAUUUCCGCGAUCGCACCGGAGACACGUUCAGGUGGCGCGGAGAGAACGUCAGCACCAGUGAGGUGGAGGCCGCCAUCUCUAACGUUGCCAACCAUAGAGACGCCGUUGUCUAUGGUGUUAUGGUUCCAAACACCGAGGGGCGUGCUGGGAUGUGUGGCAUCGUUGAUACUGAUGGUACCCUGGACCUGGACAAGCUGGCGAAGGACCUAUCAAACGACCUUCCUCCAUAUGCCCGACCCAUCUUCCUUAGAGUUAUGACCAGUCUAGAUAUGACCGGUACGUUUAAAAUGAAGAAGACAGAUCUUCAGAAGGAAGGCUUCGACCCCAGCAAGGCUAAGGGCGACAAACUGUACUACCUGGAUAUGAAACAAUGCAAGUAUCUCCCGCUCCAAGAGGACGAGUACAACAAAAUUAUAGAUGGACGUAUCAGGAUAUGAUCCGAAAGAAUAAUCCCUCUAGAGAUACUAUUCAUUUAAAAUAUUUCGACUAUAAGAUCUGCUUCAUUUACUCAUUGUUAUUAUUAUUUUUGUUAUACACGAAAUUUAUAUCGUUUGUUCUAAAUACAACAAUUCAGAAUCUUUAGAAGAAUCUCGUCGUUAUUAUGUUUAAAUACAAAAUUUAUUAUAUUCCAUUUAUAAAAAUAGUGAUAGAAAUUUAUGAUGCAUUUUUUUUUGUAUCUUUACCACGAGUUUCAUACAUUUUUUAGUGUUUACGAAUUAAAAACUGAAUACUUUCCGUAUAUGGUGUAACUAUAAACUUAUGGUAGGGGUACUGCAAUUUUUUUACAUUUUGACUUAUUUAAAUAUUAUUAAUUUUAUCGAAGUUGUAAUUGCAUUCGUUGCUUGCCUGAAUACUUUAUUUUAUUUCAGAUUACUAAACGUUAAUCUCUAACUGUUAUAUAAUUCUCAGCUAUUAGAUUAUAAUGUUCUACAUAAGAUGUACAAUUUUCACUCGAAUUGGAUAAUACUCUAAAAUGUAUAUCUAUUAUCUAUACCUUAUAAUUAUUGUAAAUUAUACCCAUGUUAUAUGUAAGUUUGUUUAUAUGUGUGUCAAGAUAGGAAAUAGUAAAUGAAAUUUUUUAAAUAUUGCAAUUAAUUUCAAGUAAUAAUAUUAAAGCUAAAUAUAUUUUCGUUAAUUCUAAUUAAAUGUACUUAAGGCGGAAAAGGGUUUUAACGGGAAUUGGCUAUGUAUAUACAUAUAUAUAUAGAUGUAAUAUAUGUAUUAUUUGAUUAUUUUUCUUAUUGAAUGACUUGUACACGGAUAUUCCCGGAUAUCCGGUAGUUUGUCAACAGUCACAAGCGUAAACUUGGCAGAAUAUUAACAUAUUAGACUAUGUAUUAUG